AUGUGUCGUUUUAUUUUUCAGGUCACAGUGGCGUGAAUCAGCUUGGAGGUGUGUUCGUCGGCGGUAGACCGCUUCCAGACUCGACGAGGCAAAAGAUCGUCGAGCUGGCGCAUUCGGGCGCAAGACCUUGCGACAUCUCUAGGAUCCUACAGGUUAGCAAUGGCUGCGUCUCGAAGAUUCUUGGGAGGUUGGUUGAAAUAUUGCUCACUCUGCCUCUAUUAUACAUUGGGAAAUUCCCUUCCGGGGGAAUCAGUUGGGAACGUUGGGAGAAAGAUUUCUCGAUACAUUCGCUCCAAGAUUCGCAAGAGUCGUCAAGGUACUAUGAAACCGGAUCGAUCAGGCCCAGAGCGAUCGGUGGCAGUAAGCCGCGCGUAGCCACGGCAGAAGUCGUCAGCAAGAUCUCCCUCUACAAGAGCGAGUGCCCCUCCAUCUUUGCGUGGGAGAUCAGAGAUCGUUUGCUCCAGGAAGGCGUCUGUACCAACGAUAAUAUCCCUAGCGUGAGUACAGACAAGUUCCCUUUAUCCCCCUCCUAA